CGCUCUAAACUCAAAUUAGGGUUUCUCUUUGGUCCUCUCUGCAACUCACAUCCCAAACCAAACUCGAGAGAGAGACAAGAUGGGUAAAAGUGCAAAGAGUUCAAGAAAGGGCAAGAAAGCAUGGAGAGCCAACAUAAGUACUCAAGACAUCGAGGAUUACUACGAGAAAUCAACUAAGGAUGCUCUGUCUGGCGGCUCCCUCACCCAAGUCCCCAGUGAAUCCCUCUUUUUCGUUGACAAAUCCACUGACCUUGCUGUUAGACGAAAAAUUGAAAAGAACAGAGAGAAAGUACUUCACUGUGACAGGGUACUUCAAAAGAACUCAUUUGUCCAACCUGUACCAUCUUCAACUCUGAAGAAAUGUAAGCCGAAGCCAAAAGAGGUCCAGUUAGAAAAGGACACUAGCCACAAUGCUGCCAAGGAUGAUGGUGGAAUGACCGACUUGUGGGAUGACAAAGGUUACCAACACAUUAAGCCUAAAAAGUCGAAGACUUCAGUUAUUCCUGCGGUGGAAAUUGAUCCUUCUGGAUGCUCAUUCAAUCCCUCGUCUGAAAGUCACCAGGAUUCCCUAGCUCGUGCUGUUGCAGAAGAAAUGCAAAAAAUAUAUCAAAACGAAUUGGGGCCUAAACCUGUACCACUAACAGUCCCUGGGGAAGCUAUUAAUGAAGAAGAUAUGUUCUUCCUUGAUGCGGACAAUGGUAGUGAUGAUGAUGGCUUGGACGAAACUGUGGAUAAAGAUGACGAUGUAGAGACCGAGAACAAGUCUUCUAAACCAAAAAGGAUAACCCGAGUGCAGCUGAAUAAAAGGGCAAGAAAUAGAGAACAAUUGAAAAAGAAAACUGAAGCCUUAAAAUUGAAGUUACUCUCAAAAGAAAUCGACAGCUUACCAGAUAUCAUGCAAGAGAUUGCUAAAGAAGAUGAAGAGAAGCAAAAAAGACGUCUUCGCCGUCUGGUAUCUCAGCAGGAAAGAUUAAAAACCCGUCCUCCUCGUUUUGGGAAGCACAAGUUUGAGCCUGCCCCAGCUCAAGUCUUAUUAUCGGAAGAUAUAACUGGCUCCCUCCGCAAGUUGAAGGGAUGUAGCACCCUCGCAAGGGAUCGCUUUAAGAGCCUUGAGAAAAGAGGUUUGAUUGUGCCUACAGCAAAGAGCAGCAGGAGGAGGGAAUUAAAGAACUUUUCAGCAGAAGAGUCGAGUGCACUCCAAGUAGAGGAAGCAGAAGAGCCUAGUGCUCUCCAAGUAGAGGAAGCAAAAGAGCCUAGUGCACUCCAAGUAGAGGAAGCUAUUUGAGCCAGACUUCUUCUAGUUAGGCAAUUCAUUGGUGCUGGCCCUUUUCAUUCUAAACAUGUUAAACGUUAUCUCUAGACAUGAUUGCAAGUUGCAACACAAUGUAUCAGUUUUUGAGUGUUACAUGGUAUACAUUUUUCAUAUAGCUGACGUCUUGAGUAAAGGAAAUGAAAUGUUUUUUCUAUGCUUUAAA